AUGAUUUUGAAAUGUAUCUAUACGGAGUUAACAUCGGUAGGGUUAGAGCCGAGCGAUAAGAAGACGCCGGUGAACAAGUGGGAGCUAUACGGGUGGUACUCGUACAAUGUGGCCGUCAACGCAUUCAGCUCCGUCGCUAUGCCCAUCUUCUUCCCGCUCCUGCUUCUCCUGCUCGCCGAAGCACACGCGUGGCUGCAGGCGGGGGACUCGAAACCGCCCAACUGCAGCGACUCCGUGUCGGUCAACUGCGUCAAAUGCAUUCCGGGACGCGGCGACCAGCUCGUCACCGCUGCAGGGUACCAGGACCUGAUUCUGCCGAUGGUGCACGCGGGUCCCCUGGCCGUGAACCCCGUGUCAUACGCCACCAUCAUCAUCGGCAUCGCUGUCAUCUGCCAAGUGCUCGCGCUCAUCUCCUUCGGCCCUUUCACGGACUUCGGCACUGGCCGCAUGGACCUGCUCAAGGUGGGAACGCUGAUCGGCGUGGUGACGUCCAUUGUGAUCGGCGUGCUGGGCGACAGCUCCUACUGGUGGUUCGCUGGCCUGCUCGUCAUCAUUGCCAACGUCGGCUACGGCCUCUGCACCGUCAGCUACAACAGCUACCUGCCUGUGCUGGUGGAUGCCACGCCAGCAGUGAUGCACGCUGAGGUGUCAGGCGACAAGGAGAAGAUUGCGUCCAUCCGGGAACAGGUUGAGAACCGAAUCUCUCUCAUUGGUCUUGCGGCGGGCUGUCUAGCAGACGUGGUGGCAACCCUAGCAGCGUUCGUCAUCACGCUCGCCGCCACCACCGACCUGCUCAAGAUGCGCCUCGCAGGGGCGUUCUGCGGCUUCUGGUGGCUUGUCUUCUCCAUCUUCACCUUCCUCUGGCUCCGCACCCGCCCGGGCCCCCCGCCGCCCGCCUCCGCCACCGCGGGCGGCAACGCCGCCCUGACCAUCGCCGCCAGCUGGCGGCACAUGGGCGCGCUGGUGUCCGAGGCGCGGCGGUACCGAAACGCGUUUGUGUUCAUGCUGUGUUACUUCAUCUACGCGGAUGGAUUCUCCACUGUGAUUCAAGUCGGUGUGCUGUUCGGGCAGCAUGACCUGUGUGUCGAACCGGCAAUGCUCGCAGUCAUUGCAACCUCGGUCUCCUUCUGGGCUGCGCUUGGGAUGCCGUUGGCCUACCACCUGCAGAAAAAGCUGGCGUGGAACAACAAGACGAUGGUCGUAGCGCUGCUGACAGCCAUGCUGCCGCUGCCGCUCUGGGGUUUGCUAGGGUAUUUUACCCCGGACGGCGGGCUCGGGCUGAAGGCGUCGUGGGAGCUGUUUGCUUAUUCCGGGUGGUUUGGGUUCUGCCUGGGCCCGCUGAUCUCCUACUCACGCACGCUGUUUGUGGACCUCAUUCCCAAGGGCCGUGAGGGCGCCUUCUUCUCACUCUAUGCCAUCAGCGACAAGGGCAGCUCGUGGCUCGGGCCGUUCGUGGUGGCUGCUAUUGCUCAGUUCACGGGGAAGAUCCGGCCCGCCUUCGUGUACAUCUUCAUCGUGAUGCUCGUGCCAAUCUUCUUCCUCAACACAUACCUGGAUUACUCGCAAGGACUCAAGGAAUCGGGCCGGCACGACGGGCACGGGCAGCAGCCUGUUGCGGAUGAUGCGGUUGAGCUUGGGGAGGAAGAGCGUGUCCCUCUCACCCAGCAAAUCGUUUUUUCACGGAAUCGGACUAUGGCACACAACAGCUGGGAAGCUGACAAAAUGCUGGAUGUGUACAUUUACGACUACCUGUGCAAGCGAGGCCUACCGAAAUCCGCGGAGACGUUUCUUGCCGAGGCGAAAGUCUCGUCAGACCCCGUCGCCAUUAAUGCUCCGGGAGGUUUCCUUUUCGAGUGGUGGUCGGUGUUCUGGGACAUAUUUAUCGCACGGACAAAUGAAAAGCAUUCUGAAGUCGCGGCUUCCUAUAUCGAGACUCAGCAGAUCAAAGCGAGGGAGCUGCAGCGGCAGCAGAGGGCCCAGCAGAGGCAGCAGCUGAAGCAAGAGCUAGGUGGUGGUGCCAUCCAGCAAUCCCCACACCAGGCAACCCAGCAGGCCGUGACCCCGCAACAGCUGAACCAGCAGACGCAGCAGCAGCAGGGGAGAGAGGAUUCAAUGCAGCAGGAUGAUCAGCAACUGCCCCAGUCCGUGGAGAGCAAGGCAGACGUGCAUGCGGUCAUGUCUGGGAGGGCCGGCUCAGCCAUAUCGGACAAUGCACUCGCGUCCAUGGCACAAGGCAUAUCAUCAGCUGCUAGGUCGGCUCAGCUGCAGCAAAUGAAGGGUAACUGGCCUGCAGGCCUUUCGAUCGCGCGUCUCUUCAACUCGCCCCAGUACCAGAUGCUCUCGCCAAUACAGCAGCAGCACCUGCUUCAGCAGGCACAGGCUCAGGGCCUCAUCACCAACGCAGGCGCGCUAGCAGGGCUUGCAGGCGCAGGGGGAGGCGCAGGGGGCGCUGCAGGGGGAGCAGCAGGGGCAGGCGCAGCAGGGGGAAUGCAAGGGGGAGGGGGCGGGGGAGCUGGGGCGGCGAGCGGUGGGGCGGGUUUGGGCGGCAAUCUGCCCGGACGGGCAGCAGGAGGGACGUCUUUGGUGGGAUUCGGGGCGGGUAUGGCAACAGAAAUGGAAAACCGGCAGCUGAGGCAGUUACUGAUGCGAGCGAUGGGCGCACAGGGCGCCAUGGGGGGGCUGAUGGGCGCACAGGGCGCCAUGGGGGGGCUGAUGGGCGCACAGGGCGCCAUGGGGGGGCUGAUGGGCGCACAGGGCGCCAUGGGGGGGCUGAUGGGCGCACAGGGCGCCAUGGGGGGGCUGAUGGGCGCACAGGGCGCCAUGGGGGGGCUGAUGGGCGCACAGGGCGCCAUGGGGGGGCUGAUGGGCGCACAGGGCGCCAUGGGGGGGCUGAUGGGCGCACAGCAAUUCUUCGGCAUGGAAGGGACUCUCUCAGGCGAGCCGUCCCCGGGGAACCAGCUGGUGGAGCUGGAGCGGUUUGGGGUGGGGGACGAUGGGUCGCUGGACGACAAUGUGGACUCGUUUCUGUCGACUGACGACGGGGAUGGCCGCGAGCCGCUGUUCUGCACCGGCAAGCGCAGCAGCAUGGGUAGCAUGGACGGCAAAGGUUUCUCCUUCACGGAGUACGGGUGCCUAAGGGCCAGCUCCACCAAGGUGGUGUGCUGCCACUUCUCCCAGGACGGCAAGCUGCUCGCUAGUGCCGGCCAUGACAAGACGGCUGUGUUGUGGGAGAUGGAUUCGCUCUCCAUGCGCGCCACUCUGGAGGGCCACUCGCUGCUCAUCACCGACGUGCGCUUCAGCCCCAGCCUGCCACGUGUUGCCACGUCAUCCUUUGACAAGACCGUGCGCGUGUGGGACAUCGACAAUCCCGCCUUCCCCCUGCGCACGCUAGCGGGCCACAUGACUUCUGUGGUGUCUCUCGACUUCCACCCAGAGGACGAGGAUCUUCUGUGCUCCUGCGAUGCUGAUGGGGAGAUUCGCUAUUGGAGCGUCAACCAAGAGAUGUGCACUCGAGUCUUCAAGGGCGCCACCACGCAGGUGCGCUUUCAGCCGCGCAUGGGGCGGCUGCUGGCAGCAGCGGCCGAGUCGGUGGUCUCGAUAUUCGACGUCGAGACAGAGGCGUGUUUGCGUACACUCGAGCAACGGCAUAGCAAGCCAGUGCACUCAGUUUGCUGGGACGCAACAGGCGAGUUUAUAGCCUCUGUCUCAGAGGAUGCGGUGCGAGUGUACGCGCUGGGGCCGGGCAACGGGGGAGAGUGUGUGCACGAGCUGGUCAGCAGCGGCAACAAGUUCCACUCCUGCACCUUCCACCCCAAGUACCCCUCGCUGCUCGUCAUCGGCUGCUACCAGUCAUUGGAGCUAUGGAACAUGGUGGAGAACAAGAGCAUGAUUGUGCAAGGGGCUCACGACGGGCUUAUCGCUGCACUUGCACAUUCCCAGGCACGUGGGCUCGUUGCGUCAGCAAGCCAUGACAAAUGCCCGACAGAUGCGAGCUCCGAGUUCAAGCUUCCUGCUCCUAAAAAGGCGGCAGGAAUUCAAGUCCAAUCUCGUUUCAUGCAAACUCCCGCAGCCUCCCGUCGCGAAGGUUCCAUGAUCCACACUCCUGGUACGCGUCUCUCCUCAAUGCACGCGCCAUCCACCGCCGCGAAAAGCGCCGUCAGAGGCGGCGCCAGCAGUGUUACAGGCCGAGUUUCCGCGACUCCCCGCGCGAGCCUCACCCCCGCGCAAACCUCUGCGGGAUCCCGCGCGGGAGCCAGCAGAGGCGGCGGAUCCACCACGGGGCUGGUGAGCGGAGCCAGCGCUGGCGGAAGAGGCGCAUCGGGGGCAGGCGGAGCAGGCGGAACAGGCGGCGCAGGUUUCCGCGCGGUCCCCAGUGCUGCAAAAGGCUUUCCGCAGGCAGCGGGGAGGGGGAGAUUUGAAGGGCCUCAAUAUCAAACUCCCGGGGGGAGAGGGCGAGGGGGAAAUGUAUACCAGACACCUCAUGGUGGAGGAGGAGGAGGGAUCAAGGGACGCCUUUUCCAGACUCCCAUGGCUGGAAAAGGGGAAGGAGGAAUGGGUGCUAGCGGAAGGGAGGGGAGAGUGGCGAUGGUGGGACGAGGAGACAGAACGGGUGCAGCAACAGGGGAGGCGAGGCGAAAAGAUGGAGGAGGGGAUAGAGCAGGUGGCAGGGGAGGUGGUGGCAGAGGUGGUGGGGGAGGUGGUGGAGUUAACCCUGUAAACCAAAACUUUACUCUUGUUCCGUCAGGCGAGACUCUGGAGGGUGCUGAGCUGGCAGCAGCGACGGCCGCCAUGUCAGCAGCGCUGGAUGCUGAUGUGGCAGGAGCAGCUGGUUGCAAGGAUGCGUUGGUAGGAGAGAGUGAAGGGGAUGCGCAAGGGGCGGAAGGGGCUACUACCGGCGAUGACAGGGGGGAGGAGGAAGGGGCAACUAUCACUGACCGGGGUGAGGGCGAGGCAAUCAGCGGUGACAGGGGGGAACAGGAAGAAGGGAACAGCGCUGCCCUGGGGGAACCGGGAGAGGCUACUCUAGCUAGUGGGAUGCUGGCGCUACAACUGGCUCAUGCCGCUGGUGAACACAAGGAGUGGGAGCAGGCGGAAGGGGAGCUGGCGGAGGGUGAGCAGGCGGAAGAGCUGGCGGAAGGAGUGUAUGCAGAAGGGGAGCAGGUGGUGGGGGAGCGGGCGGACCGGGAGCAGGCGGACGGGGAGCAGGCAGACGGGGAACAGGCGGACGGGGAGCAGGCGGACGGGGAGCAGGCGGAGGGGGAGAAGACGGAAGGGGAGCAGGCGGACGGGGAGCAGGCGAUGGGGGAGCAGGCGGAGGGGGAGCAGGCGGAAAGGGCGAGAGGCUCUGUGAGUAGUGACGGCAGUGGUUCGGAGAGAAGUGAAAGGGGCGAGAGAGGCGAGAGGGGCGAGAGGGGCGAGGAGGAAGAGAUGGUGCCGGCAGUGGCUGCUGUGAUGGAGGAGUUGUCUGGGAUCCCGUGGUCUACUCAAGGAGCGAUUGUGAGCAACAAGGAUUUGCAGGUGCAGGCGAUGCUGGUGCUGCAGGAAGAGGCGGCAGAGGAGAGAAACAGGGAGAGCAUG